CUAAAACGAAGUCAUUUUACUUAUAUUCGUAAAUUGAUCAUGUCAGUCAUAUCAAUGGUGUUUAUGCUGGCUUCAUGACCGACACUAGUUGAACCAGGUUCAACCGAUUGACAUGCCACUGACAUGACAACCAUGAAUUAACAUGAUUAAAAAAAACACACUUUACCUGCAUUUAGACACGCCAAGAAAUCAAGAACAAGUCGUGAAAUAAGAAGACACCCAGGUAUCGCCUAGACAUAAUUAGAGCAAGGUAGGUAGUCAGUAUCAAAUGGGUAAAUCAACGUAUCUACAAACUUAAAUCAUUUAUAUUAAUGGCUCAAGAACUUUAUGAGCUAUGAUUAUAUGAACGAAUGGGUUUUUUUUUCUUCCUAUUGUUGAGUGUGAACUGUGAAGUAAGUUGUUAAUGACGAGGUCUAAGUAAGCUACGCGCUAGACAAACACUCAUCACCCGCCUUCUGCCUAACACCUUUUCAACCCGGAUAAUUAAUAAGGAUAUUAGGGAUGACAACAAAAUCUGAACCCACAGGUACCCACCCGACCCAACCCGGUCAACGCGGGUAAAAUCCGUGUUGACGGGUUUUGGGCCAGGUUUGGGUUUAAACUCGUUAACUAUUCACCGGAUUGGGUUUAGGUAAACCCGACCCAUGGGUACCCGCCCACAUCCAUAUAAUUAAUUUUCUCGGUAUAUUUAAUACUCUAAACAACUAAUCUUAUUUAUGUUUGUGGAGACAUGUUUAAUUUUUUCUAUCUAAUUGUGUAGAAUGAAGUUGAUGUUAUCGAGUGGAGAGUGAAGAAACUUAAUUGAAAGGAAGAAGCUUUCAAUUAAUCAUGUUAUUUGUGGAUAAUUUGUGAUUGACUUCAAUUUUCUUGAGUUUUCUAGAUUUGUGUUGAACAAUUUGUAUAGUUAAUUUGUGAUUUGCUUGAAUUUUCUAGAAUAGUGUUUUGUAUAUGGAUAAUUGUAUUGAGAGAGUGAUAUUAGACUUUAAUUUUGAUAGGAACUUAUCAUUGUAAAUUUUUUACGAUAAAAACCCGUGGGUACCCAUGAACCCGCGGAUACCCAGCAGGAUGGGUUGGGUUUGAGUUUUUCAAACCCAAUGGGGUUUACCCCGGAUUUUUUUCACGGAUAAACCCAUGAGUUUGGGUUUGAGUUUGGCAAAACGCGACCCAACCCGACCCAUUGCCAUCCUACAGGAUAUUGACUAGGACUGAGAUGUCAAUGACGAAAGUAAUAGGACUAAAUCGGUAAUCAUGCAAGCCGUAAAUUUGUGAUUGCUAUUAGGGGUGGCAGUUCGGUUAUAACCGGUAACCGAUCGGCUGGUUAUCGGUUAACCGAAAUAACCACCUUCUCUAUCGAAAACCGACUGAAAUAGGCUUCGAUUUCUCGGUUAUCUCGGUUAUCGGUUAACCGAACCACUUUUAAGACCAAAAACCAUUUUGUCAAGCCUCCGAUAACCGACCAAAGUUCGGUUACCGGUUAGUGGAUAACCGGGCGGUUAACCGGUAACCGGUAACCGAACGGCCACCCCUAAUUGCCAUACUCCUUAGUCCUUACCCUAAGCUCUCUCUCGCUCAUCCUCCUCUUAAACCCUUGCCGCCGGCCGCCUUGAGAUCAGUACGAGACACUCGCCGCUCUCUGCUCGCCAUCCUUUCUUUUCUGUCCGGCUAUCUUUCACUCUCUCACGGUAUGGAACUUUUCAUAAUUGAGGAACAAGGAUGAAUUUUCUCUCGUUUCAAUUUAGGCUGUAGAUUUCGCAAUUUUUUUAGCAACUUGUUGUAUGAAGGGUAUAUAGAAUUGAUAGAUGCAUCAAAGGAUUGAGGAAGUUCUGAUUUGGUGAAUCCUACUUGCUAAAGUGCUGUUCGACCAGAUAUCAAGUAGGGAUUAACCAAACAGAAACCCUCUGAAAAAUUCUAUGUUCAGGAGAGGUUUCACCAUUUCUUUGGCCUGUGUAGCUUGUGAAGCUCCUUCUAGUUUAGGAAGGAAAGGUCUUGCCAGGAUUAGGAAGGAAAGGUCAAGUCUUUGUGCUUCAUCUGAACUGGUCUUCAUAGAGUGUAAAGUUCUCGAUUUCUACCUACAGUUGGAUUGUUUGGUUUUAGUCCAUUGCGAUUCCGGGUUCGUGCUAGUUAACUGAUCUCUGAGUCCAGUUGGGGAUUUGCUGUUCUUCAAUCUGGUCCACCUUCACUGAAUAAUUGCUAUUGCUAUUGUGUUUCUUUCUGGGUUAUGGGAUUGUAUGCUUAAUUUUGGUUCUGUUUUCUUGUGAUGUGAUACAAGGCAAUGGGUGACAAGAAGAAGAAGACGUUCAUGUUCAUCAGGCUUAUCUCAGCAGCCGGGACAGGGUUCUUCUAUGUCAAGAAGAAGAGCUCCAAGAAAGUCAUGGAGAAGCUCGAGUUCCGGAAGUAUGACCCGAGGGUGAACCGCCAUGUUCUUUUCACAGAGGCAAAGAUGAAAUGAGUGAGCAAACAACAAUUCUGCUAAUGAAUAAUGGCAGCCAGGUUUUUAUUGGCCCAUGUUUAGACGAAUAUUUCAUUGAUGCUGUCUGUAGGCGGUGUUCUGAAACCCUUUCCGUGUUCUUCACUGCUGAAACUUUUUAUAGCGUUCUAAGUUUAGGAGAUUGGCAUCUUGCUUUCGCUCCCUUAUUAUGUUGUGCUCAUGGUGAACUGAUGGAAGAAAUGAGUUUGCAAUCUUGUCAAGUAAUGAAGUUCUAGCAUUUUCUUGGCAACGGUAGAAUGAAUCAAUGUUUUUAUUUUGAACCAUUCUGGAAAUGCCGUCUUGCAUUAUCAGUUGAAGUUAGCUAAGGAAUUGAAGCAAUUCCAGGUCAUCAGAUGCCUUUUUUUUCCAUUUGUUUCACUCUUUAGUAUUAUACUGUUCUACCUUGCGAGAGACGACGAUUACUUUUUUAUAGAAUAGCUAGGGUGAUUACAGCAAACCUGAGAGGUUAUAGGAGCUGAUGUUACUGCUGUAGUUCUGAAUUUCUUCACUUUAAGGCAUCUGCCAGGUAGUGUUAACUCCACUGUUGUUACUCUUGUUCCCUAAGGUCUCCUUUGCCUACUCUGUUGUUACUAGUCAAUAGAUUAAAGAGAGUUGUCCCACUGUGCUUAGUGAAAAUCAGUCCGCUUUUGAGGGAAUUAUGAGGGAGCCAGUAGUUGAAACUGAAUCUUGUACGAGCUAAAGCAUUCCAAGAGCCAGUAAUGAACCCUGUACUACUCUUCUAAGUUCCAAUUCUGUAGAGACUUCAAUCUAAUGGCUCAGAGUUCAAUUGCAUUCAAGUUAGCAGCAAGAGCAUUAUUUUUGUUUGUUCUACUUGGAAUCUCCUUGAAUCCACAUUACCACUAGGUUAACCUCUUGAAGUUGUAUGAUAUUAUCUUUUAUUAAUUGGCCAUUGAUCCAGGCUGUGUAACUAAGAGCUCCCCAACAUUUUAUGUGGUAACUCCUUGAAUCAACAUUGCCACUAGGUUAACCUCUUGAAAAAGGUUAUAAUAAUUCUUAAGAAGAAUAAAUUAUUAGUUUGUGAACUGUUCACAACCAAUUACAUUGAAGUAACUCUCUAACUUCUAAUCUUUGCACCAAACUCCGGCUGAAUAAUAAUUAUCGAUAAUUGUAUCCAAAUCCAAGAUAUGUAUGCUUUUUUUUAAAGAGUUGUUCAUUAAGAAAGUGAUCGGGCCAAGCCCAAAUGGAAAAGAACAAGAAUCAGAAAACCAAACAAAAGGCCCAAAAAAUACAAGUGGACCGGCACCCAAUAGGACCCAGACCCAGACCCAGACCCAAGAACAUGUGUGGCUUCCAAAUCCUAGUUGCUCAUCUGCCCCCUCUGAAGCCUCCAUCGUCGCAGCCAAGAAGACGCCAUCGUCGUUGCGCCACCCAGCACCGCCGCCGCCACCAGCAACCACCGCCGCGCUCCAACUCCGAGGAACCCUUUCCGCUAAACCCGGAUGGAAGGACGAGGAAGAGAGAUCUCCACCAUCCCACCUCGGGUCGGUCGUCACUGUCGCCCACUGAACAGAACCAGAGGACCACAUUAGACGACCGGCCGCCGACGAACGCACCAGAGGAAGAAGGACUUCUGUCUUCAAGCUCUCCACCAUGAGUCCGACACCAAUGGCUGCAUCUCCGAAACAUCUAGAUCUGCAAGGUGAGACAAGGAGGUAGACUAGAGAGAGAAAAGGAAAAGACAAGCCAUACCUGAAACAGAUCCGGCCUCCAUCGCUUCUUAGAUCGGACCAUCAUCUCCAGAUUCGAGCCAACAGAUCGGAGGGCAAAAGAUUCGUCCCAACAUAGGGGAAGAAGAGGAACCCAACAACGGGGAAGACAACCACCCAACACAGGCAAAAACCGAGCCUAAAAGGCAGGGGAAAAAAAAACAAAAGGCAUGGAGAAUAGAAAGAAAGCAGGAACAACAUAAGAAAAACAACAAAAGAAGGGGGUGGAGGGUGCCACCGAUCGUCGGAGAGACGCCGACAACAACCCCAAACUCAUAAGGAGAGGGGGCCUCUAAAGAGAAGGCAGAGAGAACUAGAGAACCCUUUAGUAAUGUCAUUAUUAAAAUUUGAAUUCCAAG